CUCGCACCACCCAUGGCGGAACAGCUCGCGGUGAAGAUGAUGGAGGGCAUUGCUCUGGUCGAGUCGGCAUCCUCCGUCAGAGCCAUGAAGAGGGAAUCGAAUGUGAAACGAAACACGGUUCCAAGUUGUCCUUUCCGCCUCGUGUUGUGUCAACCCUUUGAAGAGCUCUUGUCGCAAAACACAAAGCAACACCUAAGUGCUGGGAAUGCAUACUCGAUCAAGCUGGAUACGCUUCCGUUCACCAUUCUCGAGACGGAAGUGUUUCGCAGAGCCUUUCCCAACAAAACACUCCUCCGACUUGUCUUGAACCACCUUGUCGGCAUGCGAAUCCUCCUCACAAGCAAUACGACUCGCGUCGUCGUUCAGAAUCUAUCCAAUGUGCCCAUUCGAGUUCAUCAAACUGAUAAGGCACCGAAACUGCUGUCGUCUGCAGGUGCUGUUGCAGACAUGACUCAUGGGACCCUCCUUACUCUAUUUGAAUUCCCUCCAGAGCACGAAUUCUCCCAUUUUCCUCCACUUCAGUACCGCGUCGUGCAUGCCAAUGUUCCACUUGGCCUCCGCGAUGCCACAUACAUUCACGCCGUGCAUUGUCAAGAUCGACGCUGGACGGCAACUGUCGACGCAGCCAAGACCUCUGCACCCCCACGAUACUCCUUACGCAUGCAUCGUGGCAUGUCCGAGUUCACACCGGAUGAAAAAGCAGCGAUGCAUGUCAAUGGUUUGCUGUCGAUUCCGUGCGACCAGCCAGUCGUCGUUGGUCGAGACGCGUGGUCUAAUGCAUUUGGUGCCCGAUUCCGUUCAUUUCCAAUUCGAUUCAUUCCUCGCUGUCAGUUGUAUCUUCGGCCUCAUUUACAGCCUGAUGGCCCCAAUGAAGGCGUCGAGCUGGUCAACUGCGGCGACAUCUCGGUGAACGUAUGCGACCGGUGGGUUAACGCCGGUGAGACGUGCAAGCUGCAGCAUGGCGACAAGAUCUCGUGGAUAAUAUCCAAGGACUGCUACUCGUUUCCUCUUGCCUAUGUCCUUAUGGACACGCACGAGGCGCUGACCCUGACACCUCACAACUACACGUUCCUCCCCACCACGAUCCAGUCCAUGUUUGCCCCGCUCUUGGACCAAUUCAAGAUGCACCUUACUCACAUGCCCCCAACGAUUCAACGUGUGUUUGGUACCAACACCGUGAAACGCAUUCAGCUGAGUGACUCAACGACCGACACCCCCGUUGCUCUGAUGCCGAUGACCCACACUCAAGAUUUUGAGUUUCAAGUGUUCUGGAGACAUCCCAUUAUCUUUGCGCUUCGGCAAGACCAGAUUGGCCACCUUACACCAGACACCACGGCGGACUUGAUUGUGCAGAUGCUCGGGAUCGCUGCCUCCAACGCUGGCUCACAAACCAUUCACGACCACGAAGUUGCCCUCAGCACAUGUCUUCGAAUCGCCAAGCAGUUAAAUGUCGUCGAUCUGCGUCCUCUUCCGUCCAACUACUUCAUCCAGCAGAACGCUUUGCAAAAUGUGGCCGAGUGCUAUGCAAUUCCGCAGCCAUAGCCCGAGACGUCGUUCCAAUCAGACACUGCCAACAAGGAUCAUUUUGGUGGAAUUUGGAUCGCUAUCAUUCACAACGCAAACAACGUCCCAUGUCAAGCGGUGUGGAGUUGAAGUCGAUGGGAAAGGAACUCGAUGAGGUCCACAUGCGGCGAUGCCGCAAUGGGUGUGCAUUCUACGACAAAAAAUUAGUCGUGUCCAAAAUCCAACAUGUUUUGAACAGAA